UUGUUAUAAAACCUAGUAUUCUUCUUCUUCUACCGAAAAAUCUUAAUCUUGUUCAGCAAAAUCUAAAAAUCAGAGAGAGAGAGAGAUUGAGAGAUGGGUUGGUUGUCUCGAUUCCUCACUGCGGUGACUUUCUUAGCUAUCGGAGUGAUAUUCUCACCGGAGAGCUUUGGAUCCAAGUCAGACGGUAGCAAUUCCCCCAAAAUCUACACCUACCUCAAAUUGGCUCAUCUUCUCUGCUUCUCCACCGCUUGGGGCGCCGCUCUAUGGGUCACCUUCAUUGGUGGUAUCAUCAUGUUCAAGAACCUUCCGAGGCAUCAAUUUGGUAAUUUGCAGAGCAAAAUGUUCCCUGCAUACUUCUCAAUGGUGGGUACUUGUUGCGCAGUAUCAGUAGCAUCGUUUGGGUAUCUGCAUCCAUGGAAGACGUCAGCUACUACUGAGAAAUACCAACUCGGGUUUUUGCUUUCUGCAUUCGCCUUCAAUCUAACAAAUUUAUUUGUCUUUACACCCAUGACCAUUGAGAUGAUGAAGCAAAGACAUAAGGUGGAGAGAGAGGAGAACAUUGGGGGUGAAGUUGGGUGGUCAAAGAAUGUGGAAGUUGCCAAGGUGAAUCCAAAGCUUGCAGCCAUGAAUAAGAAGUUUGGGAUGAUUCAUGGCUUGUCUUCUCUUGCUAAUAUCAUGUCCUUUGGUAGCCUCGCCAUGCACUCAUGGUAUUUGGCAGGUAAAAUUAAUCUGUAGUGAAAUGCUUUCGUUCCUUUACAGUGGAAGAAAUUGUUCUCUCGAUGCAUAAACUAUGUCGAACAUGGAACUCAUGGAAAAUCAGUAUAGAUUUUUCCUGGAAAGCUUGUAUUCUGAUUGAACAGUUUAAUCAAAAUCACGAGGUCCGUCAUAGUGGAAUGAAUAUGCUUUGUUAUAAUAAGAAUGGACUUGUUGUGAUGAUUA